GAUCCCGACGGGCGGGGCGCGAAUAUGCCCAAAUCCAUCCGGGAAUGCCUGGAAGAGACGCUGGAGGAUCUGACGGAGGGCGAGCUCCAAAAAUUCAAAGCCAACCUGCACGAAUUCCCGGUCAAACCGGGCUACGACAAUAUCCCCCGAGGACGGCUGCAGAAGGCGGACGCGUUGGAUCUGAGCGACCUCUUACUCGGCUUUUACACCGAGGAUUACGCCCCGGAGGUGGCAGCCGAGGUGCUGAGACGCUCCAACUGCAGACCGCAAGCCGAAAAACUCGUGGCUCUUUUUGGAAUUGGGAAUCAGCCGUUUAGUUCUUCUCACCAGCAUUUCAUCGACCGGUUCAGGGAGCAGCUGAUUCAGCGAACUACCACAGUGGAACAAAUGUUGGAUAAAUUGCAUGGUUCCAUCCUAAGCGAAGAACAAUAUCAAAGAAUCUGCUCGCGGGAAACUAAUCCGGCAAAAAUGCGAGAGCUCUAUAAGUUAGUUCCUGGCUGGAGCCGCCUGUGCAAAGAUCAAAUGUACAAUGCACUGAAGGCCAUAAAUCCAUUUCUCAUCAAAGACCUAGAAGGGAGAUGAAGCAACAAGGAAGAUGGAAAAUUAAACCAUUUUCCCGGAAGCCUGGCAUUCUGACGAAUUGGCCAUUAAUGGACACCCAGACGCAAAUAACAUCUACAUACAGUGCAAAA